AUGAAGAAAGUCACUGUGUUGGACGCCGUCUCAUUAGCUAGCAGUGUUGAGUUCCACUCCCAGAAUAAAGAUGGAUUCAUCGGAAGAUGGAUACACUACUUUACUGACCGAGCACUGCUGAAACGUCUUGUGAGUUCAGUCGCAUCUCAUGCUUUUGCUCUAGUUCUCCUUCUUGAAACACACGAAGACUCCGAGUUGAAGACGUUUAUUGCUCAAAAGCUCUUCAAAGUUGAUGGGAUUCUCUGUGAUGAACAGACACGACUUGAACUGAUACAAAGUAUGAUCGUACAGUCAUCUGUUUUCGAUCUCAAUGAAGACGAUCUUAUCAGAAAAUAUGGGUACGGACGAUUUGAUAUCCAAACUUUUGAUGUUUUCUUCUUCAUUUGCAUCCUUUUAAUACUGAAUUCUAGUGAAGAGAUGACUGGCUGGUUAAUGGAUCGUCUAGUGCCAUCGAUCAGUGAGUGCACCAGUAUUGCUGCACGUAUCUCAAGAUUUGCCGAACAGAUGACUGACAGACUGAAGUGGUCGUUUCUCAUGGAGCCUGGGAAGUUCAACUGUCACAUGAUGACAUCACAAUUUUUCUUUUUUUUUGUUUCUUUUUACCUCAAUUUCCUUUCCUACUUCAAUUCCUUUUGUGUGGUGUUUUCAAUGUUUUAUCAGGAAUUCACAGCGGAAUUCAAUAGACUGGAGUCGCUUUUCUCCGUAAAUGAACUCAGUCCGGAGGAAGCUUCACAGACCGCUUUCAACGCUAAUUAUAUGACGAAAGCAAGGAGCAAACAUCGUUCCAGGAUUUCUGAAAAUGUCAUUUGUUCAGUGAUUCCAUGCUGUGAUGCCUCGCGUGUGCGUCUUCGCGACAAUGACUCUCCUCAGAUCAGUCGGGCCGAUGUUGUUGGAGAGAUUUUUGCAAUUUUCAGUGGAACACCAGACUUCAUCCACGCAAAUUAUGUUCGUGGUGGUCCGCUACUAAACACGUUUAUCUGUACUCAAGCUCCGCUUCAAAGCACCCAGUCUGAUUUCUGGAGAAUGGUAAUCAUAACGGAAUGGAAGUUCCUUUCUCAUCAUUCAACUAAUUUAUCAAUGGAAAUAAACAAAGGUGUAUAUCAGGAAAGAUCGAACUUUAUUAUUAUGCUAUGUAGCGCAGUGGACAAGAAUUCCUUGGGUCCUCUCGAUCGAUCAUCUACUCCCCACUGUUUAUAUUAUUGGCCAAGAUCCGUGGGAGAAUCCCAAAGAUACGGCUCGCUUCUUGUACGUAACGUACGUGUUGAUGGCACUGUUGAUCCUUUGUUCAAUGUCACCUAUCUGGAGGUUCAAUCUGUGGACAAUAGCGACGAGUCAGCUAUACUCACAGUGGAGCAUUGGCAGUGGGAUUGGCAGCAAAUGUGUGAUGUACAUUGGCCCUUUCGAGUACUCAGAAAAAGUUCCAUUCCACAUUUUAAAGUGGAUAAAAACUACAUAUUUAGGGCUCGUCUUCAAGUGACACCAACUAUCGUACAGUGUUUGGAUGGUUGUGGUCGAAGUGGGACGCUUGUGACCAUCGAAACAGUGCUAAUGCAGUUUCUUCGAGGCUGCCCUCUUGAGGAUGACAUCGUAUUCUUGUCAGCAUUAUUCGUUCGCCUACAACGUCGUCUUGCUGUGUCAACGUCGAUUCAUUAUCUUUUUAUUUAUCGCACCGUCCUUCACUGGAACCGUCAUAAGGGUAAAGUUGGAGAAAUUCGACCAGGAGUAAACCGUAAUUCAGGUCAGAAAUAUGGCGUCAACGACAAAGUUGCGGAUGCUCGGGAGGCUGUAAAAGAAGAAGAGGAAAGCUUUGAAAAAGUUAAUAAUCCUCGACCAGCUCAGACACGUAUUCGUGAUCAUAAACUCAAAUACUGUAUUCCCCAUACUGAAAUCCGAGUUUUGGAGAUUCCAAGUGCACAUUCGAAAUUCGAAAAAUCACACUCUAAUGGAAUUGCGACCUUUAAACUUUGCAAUGAACUAAGGAUCAAAGUUGGCUGGGCGUUAGAAGACCUAGACCUUACUUUUCAGACCAUAACAAAACAACAACCCAACCUUGUGCAGAAUUUGAAGAAGAAGCUACCGAAGGAGAUGCCAAAACUUGCGGAACAACUGUCCCAAGACGAGCACCAGCACCCUUAA